AGAGAGGCGGAGAGCAGAGACUAGAGAGAAAGGUAUAGAGUCUCUAAAGUUUACGCGAGGAGGUAUCUUCCUUGUUGCCGGGGUUCCGAGGGUGUUAUAAUAUUUGUUGAAUUGGGAUAUUGAGACAAUAUAAUGUCUGGGGAGGCAGGCUUAAGGUUUAAGCUCAAUAAGAAGCUCAAAAUUGCAAGUGGAAGAUCUAGGAAUUCCAAGGAUGGAAGUAGAAAGUUUGAAAGGACACUAAAUAAUGAUAGGAAUGGAAACUUUAAACGUAUGAAUUCUGAUAGGAAAAAGAAGAGAAUUUAUGCUGAGCAAGAUAUGGUUGGGGAGGUAGAUUAUUCUUACAAUGAAAGGGCACCCAGUAAAAAGUUUGAAAGGACACUAAAUAAUGAUAGGAAUGGGAACUUUAAACGAAUGAAUUCUGAUAGGAAAAAGAAGAGAAUUUAUGCUGAGCAAGAUAUAUUUGGGGAGGUAGAUUAUUCUGACAAUGAAAGGGCACCCAGUAGAAAGGCUUCGUCUAAGAAAGAGCAGAAACAGGUGAAAGGUGACAAUAUAUCUUCGCGCUCGAUAUGGGUUUCUAAAAGAUUAGAGGAUGCUACUUCUGAAACCAAACGUUCUUCUCGUAAAGUUAAGGACACAGUGAAAAGUGCACAGACAUCAAAUAGAACCAAGACUAAGGAUGUUGAUAACAUUAAUGUUGGCAGGGCUGAUUCAUUGAAGAAACCUACCAAAAGUAAAUAUGACUCAAGUAAGCGUGUGGAUAUUAGUAAGGAAAAAUUCCCAGAUGUAUCUCCUUCAAAAUCUGCUAAGAAAAAUUUUCAGGAAAAGAGAAGGUUAGAUGAGGGUACAGAGGUAAUAGGUGAUAUGCCAAAGAAGAAGAAGCGGGUAAUUCGGAUAGAUCCACAUGAUAUCUCAAAUAAGCGGCUAGAUGAUGGCCUUGUUAUUUAUGAAAGUGCCAAAGAGAAGAAAAAAGAUUUGGAGGAGAAUACUAAAAUGUCGAAGAAUGCGCAGUUCCGAACAAUACAACCCAGUCCCUCAAUCCUUUCCUUUGUGGAAGAAAAUUUGUUGGGCCGAAGACGCUUGAUUGAACUGCGGAGGGCAGGCUAUAACACUGAGCUUUCUGCCCCAUUAGAUAAUAUUCCCUUUUCUACCAGCUCAGAAAGAGAGCGAAUUGAAGAAAAUAUGUUUAGGAAUAAGUUGACAUUUUUUGCCGCUGCAAAGGUUUCAUCAUCAUUUCCUCCUCCUGAGCUUCCAGAGAUUGCAUUUGCAGGAAGGUCAAAUGUUGGGAAGUCAUCACUACUUAAUUCACUUACCAGACAAUGGGGUGUAGUUCGAACAUCUGACAAGCCUGGCCUUACUCAGACUAUUAAUUUCUUCAACCUGGGAUCAAAACUCUGCUUGGUUGAUUUGCCUGGAUAUGGCUUUGCUUAUGCAAAAGAAGAAGUCAAGGAUGCUUGGGAGGAGCUUGUAAAGGAAUAUGUUUCCACAAGAGUUGGUCUCAAACGGGUAUGCCUACUUGUUGAUACAAAAUGGGGUUUGAAGCCAAGGGAUCAUGAACUUAUCAAUUUAAUGGAAAGAUCCCAAACUAAAUACCAGAUUGUAUUAACCAAGACAGAUGUGGUUUUCCCGAUUGAUGUGGCACGUCGUGCAAUGCAAAUUGAAGAGAGUCUCAAGGCGAAUAAGUCCGUAGUUCAACCUUUGAUGAUGGUAAGCUCAAAAUCUGGAGCGGGAAUUGGAUGUUUAAGAACAGUGCUUUCUAAGAUUGCGCGGUUUGCCAAGCUGUAAUGUUUCAUGAGGCUGUGCCCUACUGCCGAGGUAAACUUUGCAGGCAUCCAAUUAUUUCCUUGUGAAGCUGAACACCUCUAAUUCACUAAAACAAUUACGGGGCGGGUUUGGCUGUUCAUGUGCUGCUUGCUGAUAAGACGAAUGGAUGUCUUAACUUCAUUUGUGUGGAGUAGCCUGCCCAUUCCACCUUGCAGGAUGAUAAUGGUGGAGUUGGAAGGUGUUAAAACAAAAUCGUUUUUGUAGAUUGUAGGACUGGUGAAAUAUAUCAUGAUCUUGAAGGUGUUCUGCCAUAUUUAUUUCAGAAGAAAUCUUUGUGAUCUAUGAAUCAAGACCUUUAACUAUAAGGGCAAUAAUUUUCAUGGUCUGUCAGGAACUUUUCUAAGUUUUAAAAGAAACAAAACUAAUGGCAAGAAGGUGUAGGUGUCAUCUUCCUUGCAGAUGGGGUUACUUUAA